AUGGCCACGGAUGGAAAACGUCUCAUUUCGCAUUUCACCCGGCCAGGAACAACAACUAGACUGGAGCCUGUGUCAUACAGUAUAUUUUGGUCACAACAGCAUCGUACAGGUCGAGCCUUUGCGAGCUACCGAGAGUCACCUCAGUCACUACAUAGCCCAUGGUCUAAAGAAGAAUGCUUACGGGGCUUGAGGGACCUCCAGCAAGCUGGGUUCCUGGGCACCAGUCAGCUAUCUCGCCUAACAAAGACAAUAUUCUUGCAGCAGGAAUGCCACGAUUUCAUUGCGCGCGUCACUUCACCUGGUCAGAAGACCGAUUUUUGUGAGCGUCUGAGCGUGAGCCUGAACUACGCACGUACCAGGUACGAAGAGCCUUACAGGCCCGUUGGAGAAGAGCUCUUCUUUCUUGUAUUCUGCCAAUCAUCCAAUAAGAUGUUCCCAACUAAUGGACAUAUCAUAGCGGAAUCAGCUGCAUUCCUCACCGGUGUAGCAAGACCCUUCAUCAGCCGCUCAAAAUUGACUCGGUCCAUCGGCCAAAGAGCAAUAUACGAAGCCUUGUGCGACGGGCAACCGGCAGUCGUUAAACCACUCUACUUGGUGAAGACAGAAUUUCGGGUCUUCUCAAGGCCUUUGCCACUAACCCGGGAUACCCCCUCAAGCUCUUAA